UUCACAUCCUAGAAGCAGGCAGUCCACUGAAAAGUGCCGCAUGUGAGCCUGAGCCGGAGGAGGAGCCUUCAGCUGCUCUGCGGCCGGUGAAAAGCACAGGUGAACCUGUGUACUCAGACAGACAAGAAUGGGUAGCAACAAACUGGUGGUUGUCAUCUGUGGGGGAGGCAAUGGCGCCCAUGCCCUGGCUGGAAUCGCGGGCUCCAAGGAUGAUGUCGAGGCUCGUGUUCUGACCCUGUUUGCAGACGAGGCUGAAAGGUGGACCAAUACCAUGAAGACGAAUGACUUUGUUGUGAAUUUUACUGAAAAUGGUUCUUCACUGAAAGCCAAACCAGCUUUGGUUACCAAAGACCCCAAGGUGGCGGGGGAGGGGUGCCACAUCAUCUACCUGGUGGUGCCGGCAUUUGGACAUCGCCAGUACCUGGAGGCACUCAAGCCGUACUGCAGGAAAGGAACCAUCAUUGCAGCAAUGCCUGGUGCACCAGGGUUUGAGUUUGAGGUGAGGGAGAUCCUUGGAAAGCAAUUAGCCAACGAUUGCAUCCUCAUGUCCUUUGAGUCUCUACCGUGGGCGUGCCGUAUCACAGAGUACGGGAAGGGAGUAGAUGUGCUGGGAGUGAAAGGGUUUAUGAAAGGAUCUAUGCAUGGUGAGGGAGGACCCACGGUGCUGGGAAACUCACCUCUGGAAGCCGUCACCUACGGACAAGGAAGCUUAGGUAACCGACCUACAUUGAUAUGCAAGGGACACCUGCUGGGCACCACGCUGAUUGCAAUCAACUCCUACCUCCACACCACCAUCAUGUAUGGCAGGUGGCAUGACUGGGACGGCAAACCGCUGGCCGAGAAGCCGCUGUUUUAUAAUGGCCUGGAUGAGGUCACUGCCAAGAUGUUGGAGGAUGUCAGCCAAGAGAUUCAGAAUAUUGCCAGGGAAAUUGAAAAACGGAGGCCUGGCACUGAUCUCUCCCAAGUGGUCUCUGUUAGAGACUGGUACUUGGAUACUUGGCCGAACCACAUCCCAGAUAAGACCAGUAUCUAUACCAUCCUCCGCACACACAAGAGCUACCCAGGUCUCGUUCAUCCCAUGGAGCCCAGUAAGGACGGAAACGGAUUUGUCCCGCUUUUCACCCAGAGGUACCUGACAGAGGACAUCCCCUUUGGCCUCACCGUCACUCGCGGCAUCGCUGAGAUUGUUGGAGUGCCCACGCCCAAUAUUGAUAAGAUUAUCCUGUGGGCACAAGGGGUGAUGGGUAAGGAAUAUAUGGUGGACGGAAAAAUGGCUGGAAAAGACAUCGGAGAAACUCGCAGCCCGCAGAGAUAUGGUUUGAAAACAGUGGAUGAUCUUCUGGGGUAGAUGAAAAGAUGAUGAAAUUUUUAUGAUUUUUUUUUCUGUGGAUAUUUUGUUACGAAUGCUUGGUUAUUAAGGAUUUGGCAGAAUUUUUUUCUCUUGUAAUGACUUGUUUGUUUGUUAAAAAUGUGAUUUUUUUUAAAAAAAAGAGGUCCUUUGAAAUUAAGAGAUCCUCCAAAUGAGGGCUGACCCUUUGUUGUUUGAAAGUCUUCUGUUUAUUGUUUGUUGUAUUUCAUUUACUGACGUUUCAUUUCCUAUUCUUUUGGUAAUUUUUCCUUCUUUUUUUUUAACAAGAAUGUUAAAAAUAUCCCCUUCUGGUGUGUUAUGUUGAUGCUAUGUAUGUUUCAUUAGGUUGUGUUGCCCUCUUUUUGUCUAGUAAAUUUUUGUCUUUUUGGAGAUUGAGAUGCUCUUCUAAAGCUGUCAGAUGACAUUACAUUUCACAAACUGAAUAGCAAAUGAAUAUGUGACUGGUUAGAAUUUUUUUUAUAAAGACAAUCAUUUAUCUAUGCUUAUCCUCAUUCACAACACUAGCUAAUAGUAUUAAUUAAAUCAAAAUUUUAUUAAUGAACAGUAUACUUACAAAUUGUCCAUUUUUCAAAUAAUUAUCCAUAAACUUUUAUAUUAUCUUACACUUAGAAAGAACACAAUGCUUUUUACUUUUACUAAAUUAAAUAUAUAUAAUAAUGUUUUGUAAUUGCUGUUUACCAUAUCUUUAAAGACUUACAAUAAAAAAGUAAAAGAUUUAGCUGUAAGCUGGUGAUAUUGUAACACAGGAAUUUUUAUGAUCAGUAUUGAGCAUCAAGUCUCAGUAUUAGUUGUACAGUGGGAUAGGUUUAUUACCAUACAUUUACACUAAGACUACUUACAAACCAGCUAGUAUUAUUUUUACCUUGAGAAAGGAGAUGUUGAUCAGUAGGCGUGUUGGGGGGAUGCCAAAUAUUUCCUGUUCGUAAGGUUCAUUAGUGAUAAGCUUUGAUAAUGAACAAAUUGUAGGUGAACGUGCUACAAAACAUUUCCUGUUAUGGUAAUGCCUACACACAAAUUAAUCUGUAUUAUAACAGCAUGGAAGUAAAUCAUUCACUGCACAGUAAUCAAUAUAUAUAUCAUAUAUAUGUAUGCCUAUGUACAGUCAUUGAGACAUUGGGGCUCUAAGAAUACCAGUAUAAUAUGCAGUCCAACUGUCACUAUUUUACCUUAAAUGACAGGUUCUUCCUUAGUAGAUGCAGCGUAUGGGUAUUUUUAUUAGGGAAUUCCAAAUUAUAUAGUUUUCAGACUGGUUUUUCAUUUGAUGAACAGAUUAAAGUGUUAGAUUGUGUCUUAGUUAGAAAAGGUGAAUUUAUAGCUGUUUGGAUGCAGUUUUCAAACUUUAAAUUUUUUUUGUGUGAUUGACAUUUUAAUUUGAAUGUGCUUAAUAUAUCUUAUAGAAAAAAAGAAAACAUGGGAAAAGUGUAAAAGAGGGCAGAUUAGCAGAGAAAUGCAGGGGUUUAUACCAAUAAGAUUACCAAAGCCAGCAAGUGAACAGCUGUAAUACGCCUCUCAUACCAAGAUACGAACCCAAUCUCACCUCAAUUUUCUUAUGCAUGCAGUUAAAUUUCUUGAGAUGCCAUAAGUCAAAACUAGACUCUAAAUAUCUUAUUAUAAUACCCAAAGGGUGCUCAAAAUAAGUCGACAAAGAACUCUGUGAUACGCAGUUUUGUACUUUCGUCCUAUUGUAAAAGAACAACUUGGCUUUUUUAAUGCAAUAGCUGUGCAUUCUUUAUCUAACUUGAGGUUUUAGAAAGGGUGAUACCCCCAUAGAGACACAAGCAUGGCAUAAUGAUUAUGAUUCUAGUUCUGCUGCAGUGAGGAGAUAGGAAGUCUGGACCUCACGGCGUAAAAAUAGUCAAUUUGGAACUGUGUGAACCGAGCAGUAUGUAUUUCUAAUGGAUAUAUCCUCAUCUAGUGCUAACAUUUGAAGGGUUAAGGUAGAUUUGGGAUGUUUUCGAUUUUCUUGUUUUAUAUAACACUUAUUCUUUUCCAUGUGAUACUGCACAGUUCUUGUGUUUGAUGAUUGUGGGAGAAAGACGUUGAUGAAGUCAAACUGCUGACCAUUUCAUUUCUUGUUUCAACUGCCUAUAGCAAGUACAAUCAUGACUUUUUGUUAGUUAUCAGCUUUAAUUAGUAAUGUUGAUUUCCUUUAUGUGUGGUAAUUUUGAUCAAACUUUUUAGUGCUUUUUUGUUUGCUUUUGAACAACAUCCUCACUUCUAAAGUUAUUCUACCAAAGGUUUUGAAGAUUUUUUAUCAUUUAUAUCCCCACCCUAAAUGUACUACCCUAUCAAUAAAUUCAGAUUAAAAAUGCUUUCUUUUUA